AUGGUCCCCUCCAUCCUAGACAGGUUUACCAUUCAUGGUCCAAAUGGCAGUCACGCUUGCUAUGUUACCGCACCAGCGAGGGCUAGCCUCUCCCAGCUGAAAGACGGUUCGUGGAUCCGCUUAUUCCAGCUUGAUGUCGCCCGCUCAUUGGCUGCGCAACUUGUCCUUGCUGUGGAUUAUGUCCAUGCCCAAGGGAUAGUCCAUGGAGAUCUGCACCUUGGCAAUAUUCUUAUCAAAGUGCGCCCAACUUUUGAUCAGAUCCCAAUUGAGGAAUUGUAUGAGAAGUAUGGAGCCCCGGAGCUUGACCCAGUGGUUCAUCUCGACGGUCAGCCACUUCCUCCUGGGGUUCCAUCCCACGGCAUUGCAUCUAUAUGGCUGGGGGAAGCAAGCGAGAAAAUCACGCCUGCAGAGGCCCGGAUCUUGCUUUCAGACUUUGGCGAAGCCUUUUCGUACCCAAAGGAACUGAAAUACGAAUCUCGCACGCCCCUGGUUAUCCGCCCCCCGGAGGCUCGGUUUGAACCAAAUAGGCCUUUGUCGUUUCCAUCGGACAUCUGGACUCUCGCCUGUACCAUAUGGUCUAUUAUUGCUCAGCGGCCAUUGUUCGAAGGAUUUCUCGCGACCGAGGACGACAUAACCUGUGAGCAGGUCGAUACCCUUGGCGUUCUGCCACCGGGGUGGUGGAGCAAAUGGGAGGCUCGACACGAUAAAUUUUCCGAGGAUGGCAUGCCAAUGAACUGCAACCCUUUCCGAUCUUGGGCCGAUAGAUUCGAGGAUAGUGUGCAACAGCCCAGGCAAGAUAGCGGGAUGCAGUUGUUUGAUGCAAGGGAGAGGGCCGCUAUCUUCGACAUGCUACGGCCAAUGCUCUCAUUCAGACCCGAGAAUCGUCCGAAUACGCAGCAGAUCCUCGAGUCGGAAUGGAUGGUAAAAUGGGCUCUACCUGAAUAUGGCAAGAGCAAGAAUGAGGUAUGA